UGCUCGUGUUUCUAGAGCUCGCGCUCGUGCAGUGGCAGUCGGAGACGCGCAGCAUUCCACACGCGCUGAGAGCGGGAUCAACGCGCACAACAACAACAGCUCGCGGACCGUCUACUGCGCUGUUUUCUAUUUAAGAGCCUCUUAUAAGAAUCCACAGCGGGAUAAUUUCAGCACAGAUCGCAGCAGAGAGUAACCGUGGAAGAUGGGUUUAGUCCCGGCCGUAUCUGUGCUCAUUCUGGCCAUCGCUGUUCCGAGUCUGGCCGGAUACAUUGAGGCGUUGGCAGCAAAUGCAGGUACCGGAUUUGCCGUUGCGGAGCCGCAGGUUGCCAUGUUUUGCGGCAAGCUCAACAUGCACAUUAACAUCCAGACUGGUCGCUGGGAGCCGGACACUUCCGGAUCCAAAACCUGCGUCGGAACCAAAGAAGGAGUGCUGCAAUACUGUCAAGAGAUGUAUCCUGAGCUGCAAAUCACAAAUGUGGUGGAAGCCAACCAGCCAGUCAAGAUCGAGAACUGGUGCAAGAAGGGCAAGAAACAGUGCAAGGGCCACGCUCACAUUGUGGUCCCCUACAAGUGCUUGGUUGGGGAAUUCGUGAGUGACGUCCUCCUGGUGCCAGAGAAGUGUAAAUUCUUUCAUAAGGAGCGUAUGGACAUGUGCGUGAGUCAUCAGCAGUGGCACGGAGUGGCCAAAGAGGCCUGCUCUAAGGGGAAAAUGGUCCUGCACAGCUAUGGCAUGCUGCUGCCCUGUGGCAUCGAUAAGUUCCAUGGCACUGAAUACGUCUGCUGCCCAUCUACUCGUCCUGAAGAGCCCGCACCUCCUGCUUCACCUUCUAACGAGCUAGAUGAUGAGGAUGAAGACGAGGAUGAGGAGGUGGAGGAGCCUGUCGUUGAGGAUGAGGAUGAUGAAGCAGUAGAGGAGAGCGGUCCUGCUGCCAACGAGCAACCCACUCCAGAGGACACAGCUGAAGAGGAGGAGGAGGAACAGGAGGAUGACGAGGAGGACUACCACUAUGUUUAUGAAGAUGAAGAGGACGACCGAGACAGUGAGGAAAAGGACAUGAAGAAAGACAAAGCUGCCAUCCCUGAGAGCCAGGAUGUUGACAAAACUCUGAAUGAACUGGAAGCUGUGUGUUCUCUGGAGGCGGAGACUGGCCCCUGCCGUGCCUCUAUGCCUCGCUGGCACUUCGACAUGCAGCAGAGGAAGUGUGUGCGCUUCAUCUACGGAGGCUGUGCCGGCAACCGCAACAAUUUCGACUCCGAGGAGUACUGCAUGGCCGUUUGUAAACGUUUGACCGUGCCGCCCACCCCUCAACCCACAGAUGAUGUGGAUGUGUACUUUGAGACCCCAGCAGAUGAUAAAGAGCACAGCCGUUUCCAGAAGGCCAAGGAGCAACUUGAGAUCAGACACCGCAACCGCAUGGAGCGGGUGAGGAAGGAGUGGGAGGAAGCUGAGAGCCAGGCCAGGAACCUACCCAAAGCUGAGAGACAGACACUGAUCCAGCACUUCCAGGCUAUGGUGGAGUCCUUAGAGGAGGAGGCAGCCAGCGAGAAACAGCAGCUGGUGGAGACUCAUCUUGCCCGGGUGGAGGCCAUGCUGAACGAUCGCCGCCGUCUUGCCCUGGAGAACUACCUUGCUGCUCUGCAGGCUGAUCCACCAAGGCCCCACCGUAUCCUGCAGGCUCUGAAGAGGUACGUGCGUGCCGAGAAUAAGGAUCGUCAGCACACCAUCCGGCACUACCAGCACGUCCUGGCCGUGGACCCUGAGAAGGCCGCCCAGAUGAAGUCCCAAGUGAUGACCCACCUGCGGGUGAUUGAGGAGAGGAUGAACCAGAGCCUGUCCCUGCUCUAUAAGGUGCCCUACGUUGCAGAGGAGAUCCAGGAAGAGAUUGAUGAACUUCUGCAGGAUCAAAAGGCAGAUAUGGACCAGUUCCUGUCCUCCAUCUCUGAAUCACAGCCUGAUGUUACGGUGUCCUCUGAGGAGAGUGUGGAGGUUCCUGCCUUUGAGGGAAGGCCUUUCCGCCCCUUCCAGGUCAACUCUCUGGGCUCCCCUGCUGAACCUGAGGGCGAUCUCUCUGAACCCCCUCGUGCCUUCAAGAAAGGCUCUGGCAUGAACAGUCUGGAUGGUCUGAUUGGAGCAGAGGAAAAAGUCAUCAACAGCAAGAGCAAGAUCGACGAAAAUGUGGUGAUUGAUGAGACUCUGGAUGUUAAAGAAGUGAUUUUGAAUGGUGUUGAUCCUCUGUUCAGCCGUGGAUCAGAGCAGGAGACGUUCCGCCCCCUGGUGGAUGAUAUCAGCUUCGGAAGCAGCGCUCUGAUUGGCCUGCUGGUGAUUGCAGUGGCCAUAGCAACCGUGAUUGUGAUCAGUCUGGUGCUGCUGAGGAAGAGGCAGUAUGGCACCAUCAGUCACGGCAUUGUGGAGGUUGAUCCUAUGCUAACUCCAGAGGAACGUCACCUGAGCAAGAUGCAGAACCAUGGCUACGAAAACCCCACCUACAAAUACCUGGAGCAGAUGCAGAUUUAGCCUUCAUGGGGCGCUGUGGAGCUAGAGAGGGGUGAACAUACUACUGACCAAUUAUAAAACUGCUCUCAAAUCAUUUCAUGCAUUUGAAAUGCAUAUUCUGGUUCAUUUAAAGAAAACAAAAAACAAUGGUUUAUUAAUACUACUACUUCUAAUACUGCUACUGUUGUACCAUGGAGCGCAAUUUUAUGCUCUUGUAACUUUUUUUUAUUUUACUUUAAAGUCAACCGUUGUAAAUCAGGAGAACGUGAUUCUGCAAAUUAGCCUGGAAUUGAUUUUCCGUAAUUGAAAUCGGAACGUAUUGUAAUGUUGUUUUAAAUGUUAAUUUUUAUAAAGUUCAGAUCUAGUCUAUAGAGGUACAGCAAAGCCGAAACAAUCAAAAUAAGACGGAUAAGUUUGUCUACACCAUCGCUGGCCGCCGGAUAUACUUCUUUUAAAUAGAUCGCUUGUAUAUGAAGGUUAUUUGUAAUGACUUAAAUGUAUAGUGAAGCAGAAAAUAUGAAAAGAAAAUCCUUAAUUCAUUUACUUUGUAAUUAUUAAAAACACACAAUAUAUACAUAAAUAGAAAAAGUAGAUGGUCAAUUUAUUCAUAGUAAUUUUUUUUCCAGAGGUUACAGGUUUAAACGUUGAGAUUAAAGGACUGAUAAUGCCGGUCCAAACAUCUGAUACCAUCGCCUGUGUAAGAUAUGAAGAAUGGUUCGAACUGAAUGGCGUGACGGCCUGCCAGAUAUUUUGGCUGAUUGUAAAUGUAGAGGUGCCUGAUUUCAGUAACAUUUACCAUGUCCUUUGUUUUUAUCUUUUGGUUAUGGUGUCAUAUACUUGGACCAAUAAACAGUGCGGCCCCUGCACAUGAUCGGUGCAAAUUUGUUGAAAGGUUAGAGGCCUCCAGUCUCCCAUAUCACACUAAAAUGUCUCUCUACUCUGAAUGAAUGUUAUUUUUCCUGCUGUUACAUGCAAACAGUCCAACGCUCCCUUUUUAUAGUAAAUCUGGCCUGAUAAAAUGUUGCAUUCAGCUUAGGUUUAUCGCAGUUAUGCUGUAAUGAGAAUUGCCAUGGAGAGUUUUAUCGUGUGGCAAUACUUUGCACACAUUGCAUACAUCAAAAAGACCCUAAUUAUAAUACUACGAUAUAUAUGUUGUUUAUAGCAUAAGUCCCACAAGGACAUACCCUUGAAAACCAUGAUUAAACGCACUAAAGUUACUCAGCUGGAGGCCAAGGCAAGUGCAAGAAAUGUUUUGCAUGUCCACUACGAUGCAAGGCAAGGAAAAAAUUGUUGCCCCCCCAAACCCCCCCCCCAUUAGCAAUGUCUUUGUGUGCCUGUAUAGUUGAUGUUGCAAUCAUGGCUUUUAUCAAGGACAACCUGUGGUGUGCAUUGUUCUUAUAUGAGAUGUUAUGAUAUAUAUUUUUAAGUUCUUUUAUUUUCUAUUUUUUCCCUCUUCCUGUGACAGUAUUUCUGUGUGUGACUUUCACUAUGCACCUAAAUGGCUCCAAUCUUGGACCUUGUCAUUGCCUGCUUGAUUGUGGAAAUGGUCAUGGGGUGAGGGGAAAAUAAUACAAAGUUCAUACAUUAGAAGUUAAUUAUGGUUGAAUCCAGUGGAAAAUGGCUUCUUAGUUACAGGUGGGAAACACAUCAAUAAAUUCACUACUUCCA